CCGAGAUCCACACCUUACACAAAUCGCUGAAGGAGAUGUUUCCCAUCGAGGCUGGUCUGAUAGAAAAGAGGGACAGAAUCAUUCCUUCACUACCAGGCUCAGGGGUUGUUUUCUUCCAGGUUUCCCUUUGUCUUUUUACCACCGAUGUAAAAGACGAGAAGAAGCCCUGACUGCAUGCACGUCCCCAAAUGCUGUUACUGGGAAACCUGUGUAGAAGUCACCGGGUAUUUUUCUGGCCUCUACCUGGGCUCCCGCGGACCAUCUGGUGUGUUUUUGUCUGUCUUCUCAGCGCCGCGGUGGAUGGACACCCAGAAGUCGACGGAAACCAGGCAGAGCACCUUGGCCGACUACUGCCACUCGCUCAUCAACCUGCCGCCUCACAUCUCCCGCUGCAAACAUCUCACCAGUUUCUUCAUGGUUCGACCUGAGGACGAAAACCCAUCUGCCUCAAACAUACUGAAAAGAAACAAGACCUCUAAUGCAUCCAAGGAGGUGGUCCGCAGCAACGCGUCCGAGAUUUCUGGGCCCAUCAUACUGGACACCUACAGAGUGAUCGCAGACUUCACCAAGACGUCCAAACACGAGAUCAAUCUGCACACCGGCGACCUGGUGGAAAUUGUGGAGAAAAAUCAGAACGGUUGGUGGUUCUGCCAGUGCGGGUCCAAACAAGGCUGGACUCCUGCGUCCUACCUGGAGCCUCUGGACCAGCCGGAGGAGGCCGAGGAUGCUGAGCCAAACUACGAAGGGGAGCUGUACGUCACCGUCGGCGCCUACAAGGCGGAGCAGGAGGACGAGAUCUCCCUGGAGCCGGGUGAAACCAUCGAGGUCAUUCACAAGCUGCUGGACGGCUGGUGGGUCGUCAGACAAGGUGAAAAGACUGGCCAUUUCCCCUCCAUGUACCUGCAGAAGAGCGGCAAUAAAGAGAAAUACGAGGCGGCCAGGACGAACCUGCGGGGACAGAAACCACCGCCUCGCAGAUCCACCAUCAGGAACGCCAAGAGCAUCCACAACAGGUCCCGCCGGCGGCUCAGCCAGGAAGCCUACCGCAGGAACAGCCGGCGAUACCUCCAGCAGAAGGGCGGCGGCCUCGCCGAGCCGGAGGCGAACUCCAAGGACAACGCAAAGUCCCCGCUGAGGGAGAGGAAAAACCAAGACAACAUCCCCGAGCUGUCUGGCUCCAGUUCGGAGAGCGAGGCGAAGAGGGAGGCUCCGGUCAUCCCUCCCCGGCCGAGUACGGACCUCAUCCUGGAGCGCUGCACUGACACCACCCGCAGGAAAGUCAGCCUCCACAAGCCGCGCUCCAGCUCCGACAGCUAGCGUGGGCGU